GAAAGCGGAGAGGCGAGCAGCCUGAGUUUAUCCGCACGCUGGCUGAGAGAGACCCGGAUCGCUACCAGCAUGGAGUUGAAUGAUGCUAACCUUCAAACCCUCACUGAGUUCCUUAGGAAAACAUUGGAUCCAGAUCCAUCAGUAAGACGUCCAGCUGAAAAGUUUCUUGAAUCUGUUGAGGCAAACCAGAACUACCCUGUGCUACUCCUCACUCUGCUGGAGAAAUCCCAAGACAACGUGAUCCGGGUCUGUGCUGCAGUAACAUUCAAGAAUUACAUCAAGAGGAACUGGCGCAUAGUUGAAGAUGAACCAAAUAAAAUAUCCGAAAUAGACAGAACGACAAUCAAAGCCAACAUUGUAAACCUGAUGCUAAGCAGCCCGGAGCAGAUUCAGAAACAGUUAAGUGAUGCCAUUAGCAUAAUUGGAAGGGAAGAUUUCCCCCAAAAGUGGCCUGAUCUUCUAACCGAGAUGGUUAAUCGUUUUCAAAGUGGAGACUUCCACAUCAUCAAUGGGGUGCUCCAGACUGCCCAUUCCCUCUUCAAGCGUUACCGACAUGAGUUUAAGUCAAAUGAGCUUUGGCUGGAGAUAAAGCUGGUCCUGGACACAUUUGCUCAACCUCUGACAGAACUGUUCAAGGCCACCAUAGAGUUGUGUCAGACUCACGCUACGGAUAUCAGCGCAUUGAAAGUUCUCUUCUCCUCUCUCACACUGAUCUCCAAGCUCUUCUACAGCCUUAACUUUCAGGACCUUCCUGAAUUCUUUGAAGACAACAUGGAGACAUGGAUGACCAAUUUCCAUAAUCUGUUGACCUUGGAUAACAAACUUUUACAAACAAAUGAUGAGGAGGAAGCAGGUCUCCUGGAGCUGCUGAAGUCCCAAAUCUGUGACAAUGCUGCUCUCUAUGCUCAGAAGUACGAUGAAGAGUUUCAGCCAUAUCUGCCUCAGUUUGUCACUGCUAUCUGGAAUCUCUUAGUAUCCACUGGCCAAGAGGUCAAGUAUGAUCUGCUUGUGAGCAAUGCCAUCCAGUUUUUGGCAUCUGUAUGUGAAAGACCACACUACAAGCAUCUCUUUGAGGACCAGAACACACUUACUAGCAUUUGCGAGAAGGUCAUUGUGCCCAACAUGGAGUUCAGAAGUGCAGACGAGGAGGCCUUUGAAGAUAACUCUGAGGAAUAUAUUCGAAGAGACCUUGAGGGAUCUGACAUUGACACUCGCCGUAGGGCUGCAUGUGACCUGGUGAGGGGCUUGUGUAAAUUCUUUGAGGGCCCUGUCACAGCAAUUUUCUCCGGCUAUGUCAACUCCAUGUUGGGAGAGUAUGCCAAGAACCCAGGGGUGAACUGGAAGCACAAGGAUGCUGCCAUUUAUCUGGUCACAUCUCUGGCAUCUAAAGCCCAGACGCAAAAGCAUGGAAUAACGCAGGCCAAUGAGUUGGUGAAUCUCACAGAAUUCUUCGUCAACCACAUCCUCACAGACUUGAAGUCCCCCAAUGUUAAUGAGUUUCCGGUACUGAAGGCAGAUGCCAUCAAGUACGUCAUGAUCUUCAGAAGCCAGCUCCCUAAGGAACAACUGCUGCAGGCCAUCCCUCUUCUGAUAGCUCACCUGCAGGCAGAGAGUACCGUGGAGCACACCUACGCUGCCCACGCCUUGGAAAGGCUGUUCACCAUGAGAGGUCCCAACAACUCCACACUUAUCACUGCGACAGAGAUUGGGCCCUUCACAGAGCAGCUGCUCAACCACUUGUUCAAGGCUCUGGCUCUUCCUGGCUCUUCAGAAAAUGAAUAUAUCAUGAAAGCAAUCAUGCGCAGCUUCUCCCUCCUGCAGGACUCCAUUGUUCCCUAUAUUCCCACACUCAUUGGCCAGCUUACACACAAGCUGCUCUUAGUCAGUAAGAAUCCCAGCAAGCCACACUUUAACCACUACCUGUUUGAGUCGCUGUGCCUGUCCAUACGGAUCACCUGCAAGGCCAACGCCACCACCGUCAGCAGCUUUGAGGAGGCUCUCUUCCCUGUUUUCACGGAGAUCCUCCGGAGCGACGUUCAGGAAUUUGUUCCGUACGUGUUCCAGGUGAUGUCCCUCCUCUUGGAGAUUCAUUCCAACUCCAUUCCCUCCUCCUACAUGGAGCUUUUCCCCCACCUGCUGCAACCUGUGCUGUGGGAGCGGACAGGAAACAUCCCCCCUCUGGUGCGCCUGCUCCAGGCCUACCUAGAGAAGGGGGGGGCAAGCAUUGCCAGCUCCGCGGCAGAUAAAAUACCUGGCUUGUUAGGAGUCUUCCAGAAGCUUAUUGCCUCCAAGGCCAAUGACCACCAAGGUUUUUACCUCCUCAACAGCAUCGUAGAGCACAUGCCUCCAGAAUCGAUCACUCAAUACAGGAAACAAAUCUUCAUUUUGCUCUUCCAGAGGCUACAAAGUUCCAAAACCACCAAGUUCAUCAAGAGUUUCUUGGUGUUCAUCAAUCUCUACUGUGUCAAAUAUGGAGCGAUUGCACUUCAGGAGAUCUUUGAUGACAUCCAGCCAAAAAUGUUUGGUAUGGUGCUGGAGAAGAUAGUGAUCCCGGAGGUCCAGAAAGUGUCCGGCCCAGUGGAGAAAAAGAUCUGUGCUAUUGGUAUUAUCAAAGUCCUAACUGAAUGUCCUGCAAUGAUGGACACCGAGUACACCAAACUAUGGACCCCGCUGCUGCAGGCCCUUAUUGGUCUUUUUGAGUUGCCGGAAGAUGACAGCAUCCCAGAUGAUGAGCACUUCAUUGACAUCGAGGAUACACCUGGUUAUCAGACCGCUUUCUCCCAGCUGGCCUUUGCCGGGAAGAAGGAGCACGACCCCAUUGGAGAGGCCAUCGGCAAUCCUAAGAUAUUGCUCGCCCAGUCUCUCCACAAGCUUUCCACUGCCUGUCCAGGACGGGUUCCCUCAAUGCUGAGUACCAGUCUGAAUGCAGAGGCCCUCCAGUUCCUCCAGGGUUACCUACAAGCAGCAACUGUCCAGCUCGUCUAACAAUAUAUGUAUAUUAAACCAUCUUCCUUUGACCUGUGAGGAGACCAGAAUAUACGGCACAAGGAGCGGGCACCGUUGCCCCCCCCCCCCCCGUGCCACACUAGUGAGCUGCUGUGACUGACUGAACUUACGCCCUUACAGAUUUGGUUUGACUUGUAACAGUUGAUGUGGCGUCAUCAGGGACAGGGCUAUUCUGAAUAUCGAAUGUUCCGUAGUGAUUGGAAGAUUUUAAAGGGUUUUUAAAAUGAAGUGUAAAGGAAAAGACAAUAGAGUGGACUUUAUCGGAUUACUUUUUUUUGUCCUUUGCUUGCUGUGUGGUAAUGGCAAGUUGAGAGGCUAGGUUCAGCAACAAUUUAGAUAUUGUGCUUUUUGAUAUAACCAACGUGUCUGUCACUUAACUAAAACGAUGAUAACAAAUAGGUUUGACAGUAUUCUGGAGCAUUGGACAUCUGAGCUAAAGGGGACAUUCUUUUAUUUUCUUUUUUUUUUUCUUUGUGCUUUCUUUCUAUGUUCGAGUUUCAUUUUACUGUCAUGUGACCCAUGGGUCAUACUCUCUGCAUGUUUACUGUAGGUUUUGUUUCAUGUCUGGUCAUCAUUUCUGCACUGUGUUAAUGUGAAUAAAGAAUUGU